GUACGUGGAUUACCAAAACCCGCUAACCAAACACUCCCCAUUCUCCUUCUCGAACCCCAAAAUUCACUCUCGUCUCCCACCUUCUUCACCUGUCGAGGUUUCAGAGAGCAAAGCAAUACGACAGCAGAGAUCGUCUCAGCCGCCGGACGAUGCAGCGAUGGUGCACGAAGCUUCGGUCGCUGACGAUCCAACCGGUUCGCUGCUCCUCGGCCUCGAGCUCUCGCCGUCUCCUCCACGCCUCCGCCCUCUUCCGGCCGCCCCCCGCUACCUCCGCAACCUCCGCACUGUGUCGAGCGCCGAGCUUCUGCAAUGCGCCUCUCCUGAACGCUUAUCUGCCUGCGCAGUACUCGCCUCUCUGCUUCCGCUCGCUUCCUCAUAACUUCUCCGCUCAAGUGCGGCACGUGUCGUCUCGAGACCGGAGGAAGAAGAGGAAGCGGAUGACGCCUAUGGUUUCCAAAGUGAAGAAGAUAAAGAUGAAGUUCUAUUCAUCGUACAAGUCGAGAUUCAGACCGAUGAAUGAUGGAAAUAUCAGACGGUGGAAGGAAGGCAAACGCCAUAACGCGCAUCUCAAGUCAAAGAAGUCAAAGAGGAGGCUGCGAAAACCAGCUACUGUGCCCUUGGCGUAUGCCAAGGUAAUGAAGAAGCUCAGCUUCUGCAGCUGAUCACUGCAGUCCAUUGGGCUAGCGCUGUCAAGGCUCUUCCAACUGGUGGGAAAUCUUUGAACACCAACCUUUUCUUUUUUCUUGGGGAAAAAGCCUGCUCCUUUUUCUGGGUUUAGUCAGCUGAGCUUUUUUGUCGUACGACUUAACCGAAUAGCCACAUUUGAUUAUGCUUUUCCCUUCUUUCACUGGAUGAGCAACCAUUGGAUAAGUGAUAAGCAAAUUAUUGAUGAUGACUCUGCCUUUGUUUAA